GCGGGUAUGCAGAGCAAGAACAUGAUCGUUUCUCCGUCUCAUCAGCAGCAACCGCCUCAACCGCAGCUUAAAUGCCCUCGUUGCGAUUCAUCAAACACAAAGUUCUGUUACUACAACAACUACAGCCUCUCUCAGCCGCGGCACUUUUGCAAGGCUUGCAAAAGGUAUUGGACACGAGGUGGUACCCUCCGUAAUGUUCCCGUAGGCGGUAGCUACCGGAAGAACAAACGUGUGAAGCGGCCAGCAACCGCAACCGCUGCCCCCACGGCCUCAACGACGACUUCUUCAUCCCCUAAUAAUCCUAAUCAUCAUAUCUCCCAUUUCCCUUCCAUGAAUCAUCAUCAUCAGCCCAUGUUCUAUGGUUUAUCAGAUCAUGUGAGUAGUGGUAAUAACCUUCCAAUGUUUCCAAGCCGUUUCAGUGAUCCUUCAAAGACUUCAAGUGGGUUAGAGGGUGAGUUUCUCUCAUCUGGUUAUAAUGGUCUUGGAUCAGGGAUUCCACAUCAUAUGAGUCAUGACCAAACCAUUAAUGGUAGCUUCAUCAACAACUCCACAACAAACAAACCAUUUCUUCCCUCGGGUUUAUUUGGGUCUUCGGUAUCUUCCUCUUUAUCUACUCUUCUCCAGCAUCCACACAAGCCCAUGAACAAUAGUGGUGAGAUGAUGGGACAGUCCCAUCUCCAAACCCUAGCAUCACUUCAGGAUCUGCAUGUUGGAGGUAACAAUGAAGAUAUGAACAAAGAAGGGAAGCUUGAUGAGAUCUCCGGGAACAUUAAUGGGUUUAUGUCAUCAUCAUCUUUGGAUCCUUCAAACUACAACAACAUCUGGAAUAAUGCAAGUGUUGCCAAUGGAGCAUGGCUUUAUCCAACAAAUAAUAUCGUUGGAUCCUCCCUUACCUCCUUGAUAUAAACCAAAACUUGCUGGUUAUAACGAGCUAGGGUUUCAUCUUCAUCACUUUUUUUUUUCUUUCGUGUUUUGAGAUGAGAGAAGAAGCUUGGAUCAGAGAGAUAAGAUCUGGGGAAAUGUUGAUCUUGGCCACUAUAAAUCUCCCUCGGAUCCUCUUCAUCUCACCAUCUCUAUCAUUUUCCUUUGCGUUGUUCAAGAAAACAAAAGGGGCUCAAGACUGGUUUAAGGUUUACUAUGGUCGACUGUUAAGUUUACCAAGGUAAAGUAUAUGUGUAUGUACAUAAUAUGGUCCUGACUUUUAUCAUCUUUUUCCAUCUAUGUAAUUCUAAGGUCCACCACAUGGGUUGGUGUUUCUUUUCAUUGGGAUUAGGAGGGUAUAUUUGGGUUAAUUUGAGUUUCUCAUGAACUCAAUAGUUUUCGAGUUAUAUAUUUAUUUCACAUUUCUCCUUUGGUAUGGCUUUCAUUGGGUAUACAAGCAGAGGAGGAGUGUUGUUUUGUGUUGUUAUAACUUUGGUUAUUCACGUAUGAGUCAUGUUAUUACGGUUCUUUGGAUGCAUGUCUGUGUAUAAUAUUAUAAAUAUAUUAUUAUCAUGAUAGUUA